UGGAGGAUAAGAUCAUUGGAUCAAUGAUGCCCAGACAUCCCAGUGGUGAUUCCAACCCCUCCACACCUCGCAAAGCCCCCCUUAAUGGAUAAGCUUGUGAUGUGUGUGUUGGACCAAACAGAGUGAAAUAAUAUGGCGUUGUUCAAAGGGAUUAAGAAUUUACCCCGGAAACAUUCUGUAGAGAAAAUGGAUUUACCCAAACGCAGAACUCGCUCAGAUGGUAAGAACAAUACAGAGCAUGGUGACCAUGCCCUCAAUAUGCACCCAUCUGUUUCCUCACCCACAUUUGCCUUUGGGCAGAACAGGGCCAAUUCUGAGUCCAAGCUCUUUUCCCCAACUGGGACCCCAGACAAAAAUAGUGCCAAGCUGUCCAAGAGGGAGUCAUUAAAGGUUCAGAAGAAGAACUAUCGAAGUCAAAAGAAGCAGGCGGCCAAAGAGCUGCAGAGCACGUUGACUGAUUCCUCCGUAGUGGUGCUGGCAGACUGGCUCAAGGUUAGAGGCACGCUCAAAAGUUGGACCAAGUUGUGGUGCGUGCUGAAGCCUGGACUACUGGUGCUGUACAAAAGUGAAAAACAAAAGAGCAGUCAUUGGGUUGGCACUGUUUUAUUAAACACAUGCAGAAUUAUUGAGAGACCGUCCAAAAAAGAUGGCUUUUGCUUCAAAUUAUUCCAUCCACUGGACCAGUCCAUAUGGGCUACCAAGGGACCAAAAGGAGAGACAAUCGGGGCCAUUGUACAACCCCUGCCGUAUUCCUAUCUUAUUUUUAGGGCUAUGUCAGAAUCAGCAGGGAAGUGCUGGAUGGAUGCACUUGACCUUGCUCUUCGCUGCACAAGUCUGUUAGUACGGUCCAUGAAGAAAGAUGCAGAGUCCACACAUUCAGCUGCUGGCCUCUCCCAAGAGGCCAUGUUGACCCCUCCAUUUCCAGCAGACCACAGUGAACAGUUGAAUGAGAGUGAUUGUGAAAAACAUUUUGAAGGACAGGGUCUGGACGAGGAUAGUAAAACAGAUAGAGAGGAGAUGAAGACAGAUACUGAGACAGAAUCAGAUGAAGACGAUGUCAAAGUGUUUGAGGACAAUGUACCUCCAGUGGAGACCAAGUAUGUUGAGAACGCAAAGGAAGAACUCGGACAGCAAGGUGAUUCAUGUCAAACAGAGGAAGUUGAUGAUGAAAACAAAAGUUUGAUAUGGACACUUGUCAAGCAGGUACGACCAGGAAUGGAUUUAUCUAAGGUGGUACUCCCUACUUUUAUAUUGGAGCCUCGGUCAUUCCUGGAUAAACUCACUGAUUAUUACUACCACUCCGACAUUUUAUCUGAAGCUGUGUUGUUAGAUGAUCCAUAUGCCAGACUAAAGGCUGUGGUCAGAUGGUAUCUCUCAGGAUUUUACAAAAAACCAAAGGGUCUCAAAAAACCAUAUAAUCCAAUAAUUGGUGAAACAUUUAGGUGUUACUGGAAACACCCAAAAACUAACAGUAGAACAUUUUACAUAGCUGAACAGAUAUCCCAUCAUCCUCCAGUAUCGGCCUUUCAUAUAACAAAUCGUCAUGAUGGAUUUAAUAUUAGUGGCAGCAUUCUGGCUAAAUCAAAAUUUUAUGGUAAUUCGUUAUCGGCUAUAUUGGACGGUACAGCCAAGUUAACGUUCCUUAAGAGAGGAGAAGACUACUUAAUAACCAUGCCUUAUGCACAUUGUAAAGGUAUCUUAAUAGGGACAUUGACAAUGGAGAUGGGAGGUAAAGUUUCCAUUAGCUGUCCAAAGACAAGUUACAGAGCAGAAGUGGAAUUCAAAUUAAAGCCUUUUCUAAAUAUGGGUGAAGCCUCCAACAAAGUAACUGGGAAAUUAAAGGUUGGAUCUGACACACUGGCUACUCUUGAGGGUCACUGGGACCAGGAUAUCUACAUUAAGGACAAGGCGACAGGGGAAACCCAUUUGUUUUGGAGUCCAACAGCAGAAACAAAAGCUCAGAGGCUGAAAAGAUACACAGUACCUAUAGAUCAUCAAGAGGACAUGGAAUCAGAGAGGUUGUGGAAAAAUGUUAGUGAUGCAGUAAUUACUUCAGACAUGCAUGCAGCCACUCAGGAGAAAUACAUUCUGGAGGAGAGGCAGAGAAAUGAGGCAAAGGAAAGGAAAGCAAAGAUGCUGGAAUGGAUACCAAGGCUGUUUGAGAGGGACCCCAUCACCGGGGAUUGGAUGUACAAGUUUGUGGACAUGCGACCUUGGGAUCCUAGCAAUGAUUUACUACAGUAUGAGCAAGGCUAUAAAAUCCAGACCUGGACUAAACACAAGACUCCAGUGGUCCGGACCUGCAGUAUUACGAGUCUGGAUCAAAAGCCAGACGUGUUUCCAGUUAGACAAAUGAUUUCCCGGAACUGUUCACUGAAGAAGAAAACACUGCAGGCCCUGGAGGAGAGUGAGAGUUCUACUCCAGAGAUUGAGAAUGGCAGGCUAGACAGUGAUUCAUCCGAGCCUAAUAAAAGUCGAAGGGUACAGAAAUCCUCCUCCAGAGUGCGGCUGUCCGAGGAAUCAUUGACCAAAGCAAUGCAACCUUUACUGAAACUACAGGAGGAGACAAAUCAAUCUUUAAAAGUGAUACAAACUCGUCUAACUUUAUUAACUUCUAGCAUUGAAGAGCAGCAACAAGGGACCUUAUCCACAUGGCCUUGGCUGAUUUUAAUUGCAGCAUUUGUGAUUCAGAUAUUUAUUCAGUGGAUCUUCAGGUGAAAGAGACUACCCGGUUAAACGUUGAUUGUUCAUGUUUGUUAUUGCUUUGCCAGUUAUGUUCUGUCAUGUUUCUCUUUUUUUGUUUUAUCUGCUGAUAGAAGAUCUGACUUUUAAAAACAUAAUGAUAAGAAUAAUGCAAUUGUGAUUUCUCUUUUGAGGUGUUACACUCCAUGCACUGUGUAGAUUUUUAUUCAAAAGGUAAUGGAUUUACUAUUAAAUCUACUGAUUAUAAUUCUGAUGAGCGUUCUCUAAUGCAUGUUUAUAUACAUAUACCUACAAAAACAUGUCUAAUCAAGGAAUUAUCUUUAUCCUUAGGGAAAUGGUGCAAUAAUCAUUCAAAGAAUAGAUACAUUAAUGAUUUAAAGCGUUAUGUGAUAGGACAUUUUUGCUGCAAUUUAUUAUGUAGUGUUAUGUGCUACAAUGUGUUUCAAGCUAUUGUGUUCAUCAUACAUCAUAAUUAUAUAUUUUAUUUGAUUACUAGAGUUGAUAUUAUUUCAAUUUGAUUAGUUGUGCAAUACAUCAUUAUAGCCUUAGUUGUUAAAAUGAUUUCUCAAUCUUAUGGUGCAAUCCUUUCAUAUCUGUUACAAACAUACUGUUUAACGGGUAUUUUCUGCAGUUGGAAAUUUUUGCGAUUUAACCCCCGAAAGGUAGCAGAAAAAUUAUUUAAGGGAAAGGACUACCAGAUGUUAAGGAUUUUGCAGAACACUGCAUUAUUUUACAUAUUUCUAGGUUCAAGACAUGUUGACCUUGUUCAUAGUGCAUUAGAACUGAAUCUUUGAGUUUGUAAUUGUUAAUUAUUCUCAAAUCACCUUUUUUUUUUUCAUAUUUCAAUAAGCAUUAAUUUUUAUGAUAUACAGUAAGCACUAAGCAGUUUUGAAAUAACACUGAAUCAGGCUGACUGACAUAUGUUCCACUUAUCAUGUUUGGAUAUGAAAGACAUUAAGAGAAUAUUUUGCAAUUGUAAUUUCUGCAGAUUUGUUCUAUCUGAAAAAAUUUUGCAAAAAAAAGGACAACCACAGAAAAUACCCGUUAUAUGGUAUAUUAUAUCAAACAUAUAUAUGUUAUAUUCCUUUUUUGUUAUUUCUUGUACAAAAUAUUUAUAUAUUAGUGCAAAUAUUCUGUUUACUUGAUUUGUUUGAUGUAUAAUAACUGUCUGGGCCAAUAGAGCUCAUAUUUCUUUUUUUCUCGUAGGGAUUUUAUUUUUCCUGAUGAUAAAUUUUGUUGUUUUUGUUAAUAUGUACAUGUAUAUACUUGCAUUAUCAUGUAUAAUACUGAAAUCCAUUAACCCAAGUUUGCAAAUUAAGAAUGAUUACUUGGAUAAUUUUAAGUGAAAAGCAAAAAGGGAGAUAAUUCAUGUUGAGUAAUUUAUUUCAAAAAGUUUUUAUUACUCUUGUUCAUCUGUGUGACUUUGGGAUGGUAGAGUUAAUUAACUAUCUCUAAUAUCUAGCAUAUCAGAAUGUUAUGUACAGUCGAUACAGCUUGAAAUUCAAUCUCAUUUCUUAAUUCCAAAAAUAACUAUUAUUGUGUUAUUUUGAACACUUGCAUCAAUAGAAAUUUAUGUGUAUGUACCUGAAUAUGGCUGCCAGUAAUUACAAAACAUGGCUUUACAAAAAAAGCAGUUUGACACAUUAUUUAUUGUUUUUUUUCCUUGGCCAGGUGCCAGGUUGUAUUUAUUAUUGGUGAUCAAUUUUAAAUUGAUACAUAUACACAUGUAUUGUGCAAUUAAAAUGAUAACCCUUUU